AUGAUCAACUGGACACCCGGCCCCUUCGUGCCCUUGGAACCUGCGCGGAAACUCGCGCUGGUGGAGGAUAGCGAGGGGAGGACGGUCCCGGAGCGCGCGCGCGACGGGGAGGUGGUGUGGCUGUGGCUGCGGAAUAAGUUUGUCAAGAUCGAGCCGUUUUUUAGGGAGCUGGAAGGGGCAGUGAACGUGCGCAUGACGAGCAACCGCGGCGUGCUGACGUGGCUGCAGAUGAAGGGGGAGGGGGAGUGGGCUGAGCGGUUCAAGGCGAUGGGCAUGCGCCUACCCUACGCACUCGGGUGCUCGCUGCGGUUCCUCAUGCGGCCCAAGCCAGAGGUGCAAGCGCUUUUCCAGAGCAUUGAGCAGCGCCUGCGCAGAAGGCCGUGGGUCGCAAGAGGAGGGCUGAGGAGGCCCAGGGUGGCGACAGUGGGGAUUCACAUCCGGGUGAACGACUCUGUGGUGUGGGCGGGUGACAGGGGCAAGCCCAAGGAGCUCACUGCGGAUCAGGUUGACGUGCUGCUUGCUCACGCCAGGAAGUGGAUUCUGUGCGCCCGGCGGGUGGAGGAGUUCUGGUUUCCAUCGUCCGUUUUGGUGCGCUGGAUGCUCGUCACCAACUCAGCGCAGCUCAAGGCGGCCAUCAAAUCCAGGUUUCCCUCCAAGGGUGGAGGGGGUGGAGGGGGUGGUGGGGGUGGAGGGGGGGAGAGGGGGUGGGGAGGAGAGGGUGUGUGUGUGUGUGGGUGUGGUGGACUGGAGGAAAGGGGAGGGGGGGAGAGCUAG